UUUAUUGACAUGUGGAGAAAAUUUGAAGUGUGAAAUUUUGCUAAAAUAAAUAUGGUUUAAAAGCAUGAUUUCGGCUAAUUUUGCAGUGGCAGUGGUAACAGUAGUGCUUAGAGGUUUGCUAGACAGGUUUAUAGUUGCCAUUCAAGCACCUCUUGAAAAAAGUCCGACUAUACCCCCUUCCACUGGUAUUAUUAUAAUUUCCGGUACUCUUUACUACCUAUAUAAUCGUUUGGUAAAAAAUAAAAAAAUUGAAGUCAGUUAUACAAAUGCAAAUAACCGAAGAUCAAAAAUUUUGGAUGGACGAAUUCAUAAAAAUGAAUCACAGUCUUCUUCUUUGUGUAAUUUUAAAGAUCACAGAUGGUUACCUGCAAGAAAAUUUCGGUCGCACAGAUCAAGAAGUAGAUGCAGAAGCAAUCUUUUAGCGGCAACAAAAGAUUCACUAGAAAUGCUUCGUAAUCAGUGUUCAUCUACUUGUUCGUUAUCUUCGAAAAGUACUUCUACGAUAAAAUGCAGAUGUAACAAAGACACAAGUGUAGAACGAACAAUUACAAAAGAGGGGACCCCGAGUGUUUACAGCAUCAAAUCAGAUGGUGAUAAUUUAACUGACAAAAUGGAAAAUAAAAAAGAUGAACAAGACAAAUUUAAGGGUUAUGGUGAUUGCGAUUGGCAAGAUCGAAAUCUUAAAAUUGGCAGGCGGCGCAAAAGAGCUCGGACAACUCGGAAAACACGAAGUGGCAAAAUUUAUUCAUCGUAUUUAUAACACAAAUUUGAUAUAAAUAAAUUUUUUGAGACGAA